AUGCGCCCCACCGACAUCAAAGACUCCAUCGUGCGCCACGUGAAAUACUUCCGGUCCGUCAGCCUUCUCAGCCAUCACUUCCCACCCCUAACCUAUCAUCGCUCACAGAGGCGAAGUCAUCGAAUUCCGCGUCGACGAGUACCCAGCCCAGCAAUCCUUCUCAGUCCACGAGCGCAUCCUCCGCAAGAGCUCCUCAAAAUUCAUCCGAGCCGCCCUCAACGGACGCUGGAGGGAAAAUCAGACGAGCGCCUCAUCACCUUCCCAACCGACGACCCCGACGUCUUCGCCCUCUACGUCGGCUACCUAUAUAUAGGCAAAAUCGCGCCGGAAUUGACUCACCUAGAGCCACGCCCUGGCGACAAUAACGCCGAGGGAAACGUCGCGGAUACUGAGGACGACAGCGACGUGGAGGCAACCAAGCCCAAGAUCUGGGGCGGCGCCAUAGUCGAGCUCCUCUGCGAUCUCUACAUCCUCGGCGACAAGCUGAUGGAUGUUGCCUUCCGAAACACGGUAUUGGACGCGCUCGUUGAGUUCUACAAUGCCUAA